GGCUCCGCCCUAGAAUGGCAUCACGGCCUUAUCUGCAUGUGAGGCCCCGCCCCGCCCUUUGCAGGACGUCACCGAGGACUGCAGGGGCCUCAGCUGCUGCCGCCGCCUCCGCUGCAGCGCAGCCCCACAUCAGCACACCGUGGGCCCCGUCACCGCCACUGCCAAAAAAGUCGCCGCCGCUAGGGUCGCCACAGCAUCAGUGCAGAACAAGAUGGCAUCCGCCACAGACGCUCGCUAUGGGCAGAAGGAAUCUUCGGACCAGAACUUCGACUACAUGUUCAAAAUCCUCAUCAUCGGAAACAGCAGCGUGGGCAAGACAUCUUUCCUCUUCCGCUACGCAGACGACUCCUUCACGCCUGCCUUUGUCAGCACUGUAGGCAUCGACUUCAAGGUCAAGACCAUCUACCGAAACGAUAAGAGGAUCAAGCUGCAGAUCUGGGACACAGCGGGGCAAGAGCGGUACCGGACCAUCACGACAGCCUACUACCGGGGCGCCAUGGGCUUCAUCCUCAUGUACGACAUCACCAAUGAGGAGUCCUUCAAUGCGGUGCAGGACUGGUCAACCCAGAUCAAGACCUACUCAUGGGACAAUGCCCAGGUGCUGCUGGUAGGGAACAAGUGUGACAUGGAGGAUGAGCGGGUUGUGUCGUCGGAACGUGGUCGACAACUGGCAGACCACCUGGGGUUCGAGUUCUUUGAGGCAAGCGCCAAGGACAACAUUAAUGUCAAACAGACCUUUGAGCGCCUUGUGGAUGUCAUCUGCGAGAAGAUGUCUGAGUCAUUGGACACGGCCGAUCCUGCAGUCACGGGCGCCAAGCAGGGCCCACAGCUCACGGAUCAGCAGGCGCCUCCGCAUCAGGACUGCGCCUGCUGAGUGAUGCCCUGCCCCGCCCCAUCCUGGCCCCGCCCCUGCCCGCCCCCUGGGCCUGAGCCAGCGCCCCUACUGGCUGUGGGCGUGAGUCCCCUGCCCCGAUUUAGCCCAUCACCCUAUUUAUUAUCGUAGCUAUUUAUUUAUUUAUUGGAGAUGUCCCCCAGGGGCUUGGGCACCCCCCUCCUCCGCAUCCCACCCUGUACAUACAGCCCUGUUCUCGCUCCGCAGUGGCGUGCCGUGGCCCCGUGAACUCACCGCUCACUCUUCCCUCCAGACCCCACCUUUUUAUAAAUUCACCCCCAUCAACAGUUAUCAGUUUUGAAGAGGGGGCCAGAUGACACCCCAGGGCAGGCUGGUUGGGUGAUGGGAGGUAGCCAGCCUCCUGGCUGUGGCAUGGUGGGUCCAGGUGGCUGCAGGCAUCUCAACGUUGACCACUGGGUGGGUCAGAGCCAGUAAAUGGCCCACCUGGCUCUUGGCCCCCAAGGUUGUACCUUUUAUGGGAGCAGGGUGGGGGGGGGGGGCUGCUGCAGAUAUGCACCACCCUGGGAUACCACUCCCCACCAGACCUGUUCUGACGUCAUGAGUGUCAAACAUGCCCCCCAGCCCCCCAGGAGAUGUCAUGACAACACUACACACACCCAAUAAAGUGAAUGGAUGACACAAUGUCCCUAU